CGCAUUACAGCGCAUGCGCAGAAGUUCCCGUUCGCCGCCCUCCUGCGCGCAAUGCGCUUGCGCUCGGCUGGCGGAGGGGAGCAGCUGAGCGCCGCGCUUGCGCACUGAGCGCGUCGGCGGAGCGUCGUUGCUGUGCGCUGGAGGCGGCGGGAGCCGUGAGAGCGCUGAAAGAUGUCCGGUUUCCUGGAGAGCCUGAGGUGCUCGGAGUGCGUGGACUGGGGGGAGAAGCGGAACACCAUCGCCUCCGUCGCCGCGGGAGUGCUGUUCUUUACAGGUUGGUGGAUAAUCAUAGAUGCAGCUGUAAAGUACCCUACCAUGGAAGACUUCAACCAUUCGUAUCAUGCCUGUGGGGUCAUAGCCACCAUUGCGUUCCUAAUGAUCAAUGCAGUGUCUAACGGACAGGUUCGGGGUGACAGUUACAGCGAAGGCUGCCUAGGACAAACAGGUGCUCGGAUUUGGCUCUUCAUUGGCUUUAUGAUGGCUUUUGGCUCUCUGAUUGCUUCCAUGUGGAUUCUGUUUGGAGGCUACGUUGUUAAAGAGAAAGCAGUUGUAUACCCAGGCAUAGCUGUUUUUUUCCAGAAUGCAUUCAUCUUUUUCGGAGGACUGGUCUUCAAAUUUGGCCGCACGGAAGAUCUGUGGCAGUGAGCACGCUCAUGGAAGUGCAUUGGCCACAUCGUGUUGUUUCUUUUUUUUUUUUUAACUGUGGACCCUGGAGAUUUUAUAAAAACCAUUUUGUAUACGGUGAUCUUCAAUUGUGUCCAAAGGUAAAAACGUGGAGAAGUGGAAUCACAGCGCUAAAACCCCUGGUUGUGUUUUUAUUUGUUUUUUUCUUAAGAAAAAACCAAAAACCGGUUCUGUUGAUUUAAAUGUUGUCAUGUUUCUGACCUGUAGAACUGCUACAAGUAGCAGUGGAAGUCACUUUUGUAUGAUGUUUGCUAUAAGUGGAUAGAAUAGUGGAAGAUGAAUGCAUUUAACCGUCUAACACUCUUUCUAUGGUAUUUACAACCCAAGACCUACUAAAAAAAUGCUUUAAAACAACUUUUUAACGUAUAUUUAUUAAGUAUUUCCUAUAUCUGGGCAAUAUAAACAAUUCUUCAAUUUCAAAA